GAGUUAGUUCUUCUGCAUAUUCUGCCUCCAGCAGUUCGAAAGUGAUAUUUCCUCAAGAUGAAAUCGUUUAUUUUGGUGUCUCUGUUGCUGGUCCUAGCUCUGACCCAAGUCUGCGCCAAUUGUUCCGGGGACUGUCCGGAAACGGAGCAGGUUGUUUGGGCUCUGAGCCCUGAUGGUCGAAGUUGCAGUGUGUUCCGCAAUGAAUGCUACUUCAUCAAGGCGAACUGUGUUCGCAGGCCAGCCCUGACCGUCAGCACCAAAGAGAAGUGCCAGAAAUUCUGUCCCGAUAUCUGUCCAUUGUUGUAUCGUCCCACAACGGGCAAUUACAAUGGUCAGGUUCGAGAGUUUAGCAACGAUUGCGAGAAAAAUGUCCACAGCUGUCGCACUGGAGAGACCUUUUUGUAAUUUUAAUUACUGAUGGGCUUAAAUAAAGCAAUUUAUCAGCAAUCUGUAUUGUAUCCGAAAA